AAGAAAAAAAAGGGUAGAGGUCCCCACUCUGUCUAAACAGAUAACCACAAACCGAGAGAGAGACUAAGCAGUUACGUUAGACUUGAAAAUCCUCGUUAACACGUCUCUCAACACACAAAACCUAACGAAGCUGAGAGGGAGCCUCCUAGUCGACCGUACACACAAGAAUGCACCGGCUGCUACUUGAAUCCAACGUUGGCGGUGGAGGAGGAGGUGGGUACAUGAGGGACAUGAACUUCGACGCAAACAUGGUGAUCAUACUCUCUGCCCUGCUCUGCGCUUUGAUACUUGCGCUUGGGCUCAAUUCGUUACUCCGGUGUGCGGUGCGAUGCGGCUUCGGGCUAUCCUCAUCAGCUGCAUCGACUGUGGCGGCGGACAGGCCCGGGUUGAAGAAGCGAGAGUUGAAGAGGUUUCCCGUGGCGGCGUACGGGUCGAGCGGGGUGGAGAUAGCUACGACGGAGUGCGCCAUCUGUCUGGGGGAGUUCGCGGACGGUGAGAAGGUCCGAGUUCUUCCGCCGUGUAAUCACAGCUUCCACAUGUCCUGUAUCGACACGUGGCUUGUUUCUCACUCUUCAUGUCCUACUUGUCGGCACUCGCUCAUCGAGUUACACGUGGCAGGAUCAACCUAAGCUAUAGUAAGCAGGUCAGGGUGAUUAGUCGUAAGUUGAUUUAGUUAUUUGCUAGAUUAUAUAUGGACUCGGGAGUCGGGGCAGCUUUAGCAGUUGUAAUAGUAGUCUAUGGCAGGCAGCUCAGAGUAAUUAGUCAUAAGUUGAUUUAGUUAUUUGCAGUUGGUUAUUUGCUAUAGAUUAUGGACUCGGGGUAGCUUUAGCAGUUGUAAUAGUCUAUUACAGUUUUAGACUUUCUUUUAGUAAUCACUCAGUUUGCAUACAUCAUGGUUUACGCCUUACGGGGAGUGAUUAAUUAUUAUUUUAAUACGAAAUGCCCGAAAGAAAAUAUGAGACCGAAUAAUUUGAGCAUAAUUACCUGGAAAAUUAACAGGCCCAUAUUACUAUUUUAUUUUUUAAAAAUAACUGGUGGAAAAACUCUCGGAUUAUUUGAAUGAAUUGUGAAUAACCCAUAUUUAAGGAGUGUGGGCUUCAUCUUGUUUUUUUGUCAUACUUGUUUAUUUUCUUGUUCUCUAUACUAGAAUUUAGUUUAAAAAUAUUAUUUUGAUUAUGUAUUUUUUUUUUGCUGUGAAUGUCUAUCAUUUUUUGUCAAUCUUUUUUGCGCUUGUUGAUUUUAAAAAUGUUUUUUUUUUAAAUCCACUCUUUUAUUUCAUUGGCUUUUGUUUAAUAAUACUUAAAAAUAAUUUUAAACCGUAAAUUAUUAUCAUAUUUUGUUUUAUGAAAUUUUUUAUUUACUUUAACUUUUCUGUUUUGUAGAUUAUAUUAUUAUUUUUAUUAAAUUAAUAUUUCUUACAAAAAAUAAUAUUGAAAUUUUGGAGAACCAUAGGUAGGCUAAGAUGUGCAGAUGAGAAAGGAGGCUUUUAUGCAAUACCAGCGUAUAUGGCUCAUUUUAAGCUACGAUCUUUUUUACAUAAGAUUGUGUUUUUGUCCGUGUGUGAUAGCAUGUGAUAACUUAUGAGUCACAGCCGUUGUUCUUUUCAUCAAUAUAGUUAGUGUUUAAGAGAGAAGUGUGCGUCAGUUUUGUCCCUUCUAUAAAUGGCGAAGUAGUACAAUAUGAGAGAGUAUUGUACUAUAUAUAUAUAUUUUUUAUUUAUUUAUUUAUUUAUUUUUACAAAGUAUAUCUAUAUUUUAGGUCAAUUAUCCAAAGAAAAUUUCAAAAAUGUUUGAGUAGUUAAAAAAACACACUCCCUCCGUUUCAUAUUAAGUGUCGUUAUAGAGAUUUUUUUUUGUUGCAAAAUAAGCGUCGUUUUAGUAUUUCAAUGCAAAAUUUGUUAAUUUUAUUUUGCAUUUUAUUUUUCUAUUGGUUGAGAUGUAUGGAUAAUGAUGUUUUUGUAUGAAAAAUAUGAAAAAUUUAAUGAUUUCUUAAUCCGUGUGCACAACUCUAAAAUGACACUUAUUCAGAAACAGAGGGAGUAUGAAUUAUCGGUAAGUGAUGUUUUAGUUUAAGUGAAACCAGAGCACAUGCAUAAUGCUUACAUUGUCGGUUUCCAAAUCGCAUAGAGUAGGGCUCAAGGCCAAGAGAACCAACAUGGGACGAUCAGUAACUGUAGGUGAUCAUUACAUAAUGGUGGACACGAGAAACGGGCACGUAUAUGAGCCAGAUGUGACGCAUCAUCUCCUAUGGUAAGGACUAAGGAAUGUGAUGCAUGAGAGCAGUCUUGGUUAGACCGUUAGAGUGUGCAGUGUGCUUAGUUGAGUGAUUACAGCCGUUUGGGCUUGCUGUUCUAUAUGAUUACAGCCGUUUGGGCUUGCUGUUCUAUAAUAAUGCUAUUAUUACCUGCGAGAGACGGUGGGAGGGCGGUAGUAUGAGAUUCCUCACUUUGUUUUGCAUGUG